GCCAAUGUGGGCAGAGGGAGGGGAAAGUACACACAGAAGCCCGAGAGAAUGGGGCUAAAGAGCUGUAGUUGAGAAGAAAUGGCGGACUUUCCUCGUGUGAGCAAGUGACAAAAAAGGUGCGCGACAACAUAAAGAAGACGGACGAGCAAAGCAGAAGUGGCGAGGAUUUAAGAGGGAUGUGGAGGAACGUUUUAUCGGUUUCAUCUCGGCUGACUGCCAGCAAAGUGUAACGAGAGGAAACAAGAGUAACAGAAGUGCGCACUGGGGCUCAAACUUGUCUCAACCAGUCUGGUGGAAAAUAAAUCACGCUAGACAGACAGAAAUGACUGAAUCUCUGGUGCUUAAUUUAUCGAGGAGGGAUUUGAACCACAGAGGCAAAUGAGACAGGAAGAGAGUGAGCGAGGGAGGCGGGAGUGAUGAGUGCGUAAAACAGCAGACAGGCAUGAGGAAAAAGAUUAAGAGCCUUCACUGAGCCGGCGUGUGUGCUUGUGAAGUACUUCGUGGCAGUGCAGUUUGGAAAUAUGAGAGCAUAGGCAACGGGACAGGGUAGAUAAAACAAGCGCGUGUUGUGCAAGGUAAAAGCAGGACAAGGAGGAAGAGAGAGACAAAGGUGGGCCUCUAAAGGGAAAGACCAACAGGAGGGGAGAGGUAUGAGGGGACAGCUCUCGAAGUCUUUCUUGUCUCUCAUGAUCACUCUCGUCUGUCUGGGGAGCCUGAUGACCACUCUCAUCUGGUACAAGUCGGACGGCAAACAUGUGAAGCCUCACCAACCAGCUUCUCAAAAGAAACAUGCCGCAAAGCCCUCAGAAAUUUGCAAAGGCUGCAAGGAAAUCAUUAGCAAGGUACAAGAGCGUUACAAUCAAACCUGGAAGAAGCAGGAGGAGAAUUACUUAAAAUUCAAAACUAAUCUGAGACUUAAGUGCAAUGGCUUUGACAAAGCCAUCAUUACCAAGAAUAACACUCCAGUGGGGUUGAAGCUCGUUUAUGAUGGGGAAAAGAAGAGGACUCUACAGGUGAACAAAGAGUUGUUCAGCAUUUUUACAAAGGAGAAUCCUUUCUCAAAUAAACAAUGGGACACUUGUUCAGUAGUUGGGAAUGGUGGGAUCCUGUCUGAGAGCAGCUGUGGAAAAAUGAUUGAUUCAGCUGACUUUGUUAUCAGGUGCAACUUACCUCCUUUGGAAAAUGGAUAUGAGAAAGAUGUUGGCAGCAAAACUAGCCUUGUGACAGCAAACCCAAGCAUCUUCACACAGAGGUAUGGCUCCCUGGUGGGACGUCGCCUUCCAUUCGUGGAGAGUCUUCGCAAGUACGGCAACUCUCUGCUGCUCCUUCCUGCCUUCUCCUUUGGUAUAAAUACUGCUGUGUGUCAGCGAGUUGCAUAUACAAUAGAGGACUUUAAAAGCCCUAUUCUACCUGUUUUCUUUAACCCUCAGUACCUUGACAGUCUGGCUAAAUUCUGGAGCUCUGAAGGCCUGAAAGAAAGGCGGCUCAGCACUGGAUUAAUUAUGGUUAGCAUGGCCCUGGAAUUGUGUGAAAAUGUGCAUCUGUAUGGAUUCUGGCCCUUUAGUAAUCACCCAUAUGGCCUCUAUACCCUGACUAACCACUACUAUGAUGACAAACCAGCUAAAGCGAGUUUUCACGCAAUGCCAGCUGAAUUUAACCGCUUGUUACAGCUGCACACUGAAGGGGUACUCAGGCUUCACCUGGGAGACUGUGAAUCAGAUAAAAAAUAGUUCCCAAAUAGACAACAGCACAUAAGCAAAGUGCAGAAUUAAGUGCCUUCUCUAUAGCCUCAGGAUGAAGUUAGACGCUCAAUUCAUUUCAUAUGUGUUUGAGAAAAUUUACACAUUAAUUUUGGUUAGUGGAAAGAUGGAAAAUGGCAACAUAGUCACCUUCCUUACCUUCCAGCAACCAAGACAUUUGCACUGAUGAGUGCCUCUUUAACCCUAUUUAUUAAACAAAUGUUCCAUUUGGA